AUGAUAACAUUGAUAGACUUGUACCACGUUCUAACAGCGGUGGUGCCACUCUACGUGGCAAUGAUCCUGGCAUAUGGUUCAGUAAAAUGGUGGAAAAUCUUCACCCCAGAUCAAUGCUCGGGCAUAAACCGUUUCGUGGCACUCUUCGCAGUCCCACUUCUCUCCUUUCACUUCAUCUCCACCAACAACCCUUAUGCAAUGAACUUUAAGUUCAUAGCUGCAGACUCACUCCAAAAAGCCAUAGUCUUGUUGGUUCUUUUGGUGUGGUCAAGAACAAGCUCUAGAGGCUCUUUGGAAUGGUCCAUUACGCUCUUCUCUCUCUCCACACUCCCCAACACGCUCGUCAUGGGAAUCCCAUUGCUGAAGGGCAUGUAUGGUGAUGCCUCAGGGACUCUCAUGGUUCAAAUCGUGGUUCUGCAGUGCAUCAUUUGGUACACUCUUAUGUUGUUCUUGUUUGAGUAUAGGGGUGCGAGGCUUCUCAUUGUGGAGCAGUUCCCUGACACUGCAGGUUCAAUCAUUUCCUUCAAGGUUGACUCUGAUAUCAUCUCUUUGGAUGGGAAAGAGCCUCUUCAGACUGAAGCUGAGGUUGGUGAAGAUGGGAAGCUUCAUGUUACUGUGAGGAAGAGUGCGAGUUCGCGUUCUGAGAUAUUCUCUCGACGUUCUCAGGGUCCAAACUCCGGGGUUUCGUUGACCCCUCGUCCUUCAAAUUUGACCAAUGCCGAGAUUUAUUCUCUUCAGUCUUCGAGGAAUCCAACUCCAAGAGGGUCUAGUUUUAAUCACACUGAUUUUUACUCUAUGGUGAACGGGAGGAACGUAAGUCCAAGACAGUCUAAUUUUGGAGGUGGUUUUGAUGAAGAGAGUGGAAGAGUUAAUGGUGGUGGUGGAGCGUACCCUGCUCCUCCUAAUGGUGGGUUGUUUUCUCCGGUGACAAAGAAUAAGAAGGGGAAUGGUGAAGGUGGAAAGGAUCUUCACAUGUUUGUGUGGAGUUCUAGUGCUUCUCCUGUUUCUGAAGGUGGAAUCCAUGUCUUCAGAGGUGGUGGGGAUUUUGGAAAUGACCAGCUUGGUGGGGUGCCUCACCAUAAAGAAUAUGAUGAUUUUGGUCACGAUGAGUUUAGCUUCGGAAACAGAACCGUUGCUAAUGGGGUGGACAAGGAAGGGCCAGUACUUUCGAAGCUUGGUUCAAGCUCCACUGCUGAGCUUCAUCCAAAAGGUGGGGCACAGGGUGAUUCUAAACCCACGUCCAUGCCACCUGCUAGUGUUAUGACCAGACUCAUUUUGAUUAUGGUGUGGAGAAAGCUUAUUAGGAACCCCAACACUUACUCAAGCCUCAUUGGUCUCACGUGGUCUUUAAUCUCAUUCAAGUGGAAUGUUGUUAUGCCUGCAAUUGUUGCUAAAUCAAUAUCAAUUUUGUCCGAUGCUGGCCUAGGGAUGGCAAUGUUUAGCCUUGGGUUAUUCAUGGCAUUGCAACCAAGGAUAAUUGCAUGUGGAAACUCGGUUGCUUCCUUUGCUAUGGCUGUCCGUUUCCUCACUGGUCCUGCUGUCAUGGCCGUUGCUUCAAUCGUUGUGGGGCUCAGGGGAGUUCUGUUGCACAUUGCUAUUGUACAGGCUGCUUUGCCACAAGGGAUUGUGCCCUUUGUGUUUGCUAAGGAGUACAACGUUCAUCCAGACAUACUAAGCACUGGGGUUAUAUUUGGAAUGCUAAUUGCUCUUCCUAUUACGCUGGUUUACUACAUUUUGCUGGGGCUUUGAAGCAAUGUUGAGGACAAGUACCGAACCAAGUGAUGCAAAAA